AUGGCGAAGCUGCUGGUGCCGCUGGUGAUGCUGGGGGCGGUGGCUGGUUCGCAGCGCUGCCCCCCGCGCUGCCUGUGCCCCUCGGCCGCCCCCAGCCCCACGCUGCUGUGCGCCCGCACGGGGCUGCUGGCCGUGCCGCCCUCGCUGGACCGCGGCGCCGUGGAGCUGCGCCUGGCCGACAACUUCAUCGGCUCGGUGGGGCGCCGCGACUUCGCCAACAUGAGCAGCCUGGUGCACCUCACGCUGUCCCGCAACGGGCUGCGGCGCCUGGCGCCCGGCGCCUUCGCCGACCUGCGCGCGCUGCGGGCGCUGCACCUGGACGGCAACCGGCUGCCGGCGCUCAGCGGCGCGCAGCUGCGCGGCCUGGCCAGCCUGCGCCACCUCAUCCUGGCCAACAACCAGCUGGCCGCCAUCGAGCCCGCCGCCUUCGCCUCCUUCGCCGCCACCGUCGAGGACCUCGACCUGUCGCACAACAACCUGCCGGCCCUGCCCUGGGACGCCGUGGCCUCCAUGGCCAGCCUGGCCACGCUCACGCUGGACCACAACCUGCUGGAGCGCGUCCCCGCGGGCGCCGUGGCUCGCCUGCCGCGCCUGGCCAGGCUGGACCUCACGGCCAACCGCCUGCGGGCUCUGCCGCCGGUGCCGGGCCCCCCCGGCCCCAGCCUGGCGGCGGGGGGCAACCCCCUGCACUGCAACUGCGAGCUGCUGUGGCUGCGGCGCCUGGCGCAGCCGGGCCGCCUGGAGAGCUGCGCGUCGCCGCCGGCGCUGGCGGGGCGGCUGCUGGGCGCCGUGCCCGAGGAGGAGCUGACGUGCCGCGCCCCGGCCAUCGCCGGCGCCGCCGCGCACCCGGGCUCGGUGCUGGAGGGGCAGCCGCUGCGCCUGGGCUGCGCCGCCUCCGGGGACCCGCGGCCGCGGCUGCACUGGCUGGGCCCGGACGGGAGGCUGGUGCAGAACGGCUCCGGCCGCGCCGUGGGCAGCGACGGCACGCUGGAGCUGCGGGUGGCCACGCUGCGCGACCACGGCGCCUUCACCUGCGUGGCCUCCAACGCCGCCGGCGAGGCCGCGGCCAAGGUGCUCGUGGCCGUGCUGCCGCUGCCGGUGCCGCGACGGCGCCACCGCGACGACGACGACGCUGACGCCGCGCCGGGACCGUCCGACAUGGCCCGAGCCGGGGGCAACGAGUCGGCGGCCGGCGCCGGGAGGCGAGUGGUGGCCGCCGAGCUCACGGCGUCGUCGGCGCGGAUCCGGUGGCUGCCGCAGAGACACGGCCCCGGCAUCCGCGUGUUCCAGGUGCAGUACAACAGCUCCCUCGACGACUCCCUCGUCUACAGGCUGCUGCCCCCGUCCAGCCGCUCGUUCGUGCUGCGGGACCUGGCGUCGGGGCGCGACUACGACCUGUGCGUGUCGGCGGUGCUGGCGGAGCCCGCGGCGCCGCCGGCCGCCCGCUCGCUGGGCUGCGUGCGCUUCUCCACCGCUCCCUCCCCGCGGCCCUGCUCCGCCGCCGCGCCGCGGCCGCACUUCCUCGGCGGCACCGUCAUCAUCGUCAUCGGCGCCGCCAUCGCCGCCUCCGUGCUCGUCUUCAUCCUCAUCCUCACGGCUCGCUACAAGGCGGCGGCCGCGCGGCGCCUCCCCCCCGCGGCGCUGGCCAGCGCGUGCUCCCAGACCACCGGCGCGCACGGACCCCCCGAGCCGCCCCCCAGCAGCCCCCCGAGGCGCCGGCCGCCCCCCGCCUCGCCCCCGGCCGCCGCCCGCGCCCUGUUCCCCAGCCACAGCUACCCGCGGCGGGCUCGGACGCGGCGCCCGGGGGGGUCCCUGCCCCGCCUCGACCUCCCGGACGGCGCCGCGCUCACACGCGGCUUCGGCAGCGCGCACUGGAUGCUGGAGAGCACGGUGUGA